UAUAUUCAAAUCGAACAACUUUCCUUGGAGGAAAUAAGAUCGAUUUUUUAAUUCUUUGAAUGGAAGAAGGAAGUGGUUAUAUCGUAUAUAUAUGGCUAUAUGGUAUAUAUCGUGUAGAUAUUCGAAUGUAUUUCAGUCAUUUAAAUUGAAAAGUGAAUUUGGAUUCUUUUUCAAUUUGCAAAAUGUCAGACAUCAGGGCGUUAUUUCUUAUGAAAAAACAGAAAACUUCUCAUCAAAAGUUUCAAAUUCCCGAUUCCUCGGACGAGUAUGACACAUUUCAGGAAGAAGUUCUGCAGACUACAAAAAAUACGUCUGAUGUCAUACAACAAGUUAAUAAUUACGUUGCUCUUAUAAAGGAGGAGAUGCACCAAUUACGAAUGACAGUGGAGGUAUUCAACGCAGAUUUAGCAAAGCAGAUGAGGACCCUCAUUUCGAAUUUGAAAGCACACGCCGAUUCUAAGCCUGAUUCCCCAAGCCAAAGAGGGGGAACUAAAAAUGAGAAGGGGCAGAUGUUAGUGCCAACAGGAACAACAGCGCCAGACAAGGGAACAACAGAAUCAAAUAGAAUCGGUAACAGAGCACCUAUCAAUACUAAUUCAAAAAAGAAGAUAGACGAAAAAGAUCACAAUUCCGACAAUUUAAAAAAGAUUGCAGCUUUGCAAAAAAUCAGCAAUGAACAAAAUGAAUUGAGAAAAAUCAUGAUGAUGGCAGCUAAUAUGGCAAAUGAAUUGGAGAAUGAGGGUAAAAUUUCAUUGGAAGGUCUCCUUGAGCUUAGAAAAGGUGUAAAUAGAUAUGCCGAAAAUUUAGAGAGUGCCGAUGUAGAAUAUGCUCGGAAAAAGGAGGAAAAAAGAAGGGAGGAUGAAAUGAAAAAACAAUUAGAGGAAGAAGAAAGGAAAAAAGAACAAGCAAAAAAAGAAGCAAAAAGAGCAGAAGAAGAAGAAAGAAAAAGAAAAGCUAGAGAGGAAAAGCAUAAAAAAAAUAAAGAGGCGAGAAGAAUAUUAGAAUUAGAAGCUAAGAAGAAGGAAGAAGAAAGGAAACAGGAAGAACUGGAGAGAAAAAGAAAGAAAGAAGAGGAAGAAGAAAAGAUAAGAAAAGAAAAGGAGGAAAACAAAAGGAGACGGGACUGGAGGAAUUGGGAACCAAUGAUAUACUACCGACAGGAUGGAACAACAACCAUCAAUGAUGGAAUAAUUUGUAUUGCACUGGCCAUGGAAGGUGGGAUUACUCAGGAUGACCUUACCUGCUACGCGUCUGAUGGUAAUAAAGAAAGAGAGAAGUGUCUCGAACAAGACAAAAGAGAAAUCCCCAUCUCCACUCUAGUAACGGUCAAACCAUCCACAAAGUCGGCAAUACGUCUUCAGGAACCAAUCCGCAUUUUCAUUCCACACCAGGCCAAUAGAGGAUGUAGGGAAUUGAUCGUCAGAACUUCCAUUGAUGGUGGUACUUGGAAGACAAUGGACUAUGAGUCGGGCAUUCCUCCUCAAGUUGAUUUAGAGGACAUCCAAAUGGUGCAAAUUGCAAUCAACAACUUUAAAUCUGUUGGAAUAAUAGUUGCUUCUCGGCCCAAAAUGCAUGCCUUCAGCCUUGGCAGAGAUGGGGGGAUUGUUGAAACUGACUCUCCAAAUAAGACCAUACUCACAGCUCCAAACGGAUGUUUUUCAGAGAAAACUAACGGAUCAAUUCAGAUCACUGACAGAAAACAUUCGACAGAAAUGGCAAAAGAUGUAGAUGACUUACGAAACGCUCAAGUAGCAUUAACUCCACAUACUAUCACUCUGGAUAAAAAGAGCAAAUCAAAUCUUACAUUGGAGGUUUAUCCAGAGCUUAAGAGAAGAGUCACUAGAUCCCAAUCUGCACUGAAGGCAUGCGAGAACAUAAUGAUAAAGAAAAUGGAUGCUGAAAAAGUAGCAGAUAUCCUUUACGGAAAGGGAACACUGGUUAACUCCUCAACCAUUCAAGAAAUCAAGCGAAAAAAAUUACCCGAAGACAAAGCAAUGGCGUUGUUAGAAAAGUUGAAAUUUUGUGACAAGGAUCAGUUCCAGGAUCUGGUUGAUUCUCUUGAAGAAUCAAAUCAGCAACAUAUUGCAAACGAAUUGAAAAAAGCUCUCGACGAUAUAGAACACUUAGAGUUAGGAAGUGAUUUUGUUGAUGCAAGCGAAGACAAGGUAGCUUUGUUAUCAUGCAAAAAUGGAGAGGGCUGGACUAUCGUAGAUUUUGACAAAGUAAAAGAUGUCCCAGGGGCAUGUCGACUGCAAUUGUUCACAGGAGGCAAAUCUUACAGCGUGGUUGGAUUAAUUGUUCCUAAGUCAACUAAAGAUUCGGAAUUAUCUCGAAUGGCAGAGUUGUUCUACACAUCAUCAGAGCAGUUUCGAUUGCGACUUAUCGUGAAACAACAUAGCGAAAACAAAUACCGUUUGGCUAUUCGCUGUGUCAAUCCGGAAAUGUUUUCAACAACGAUGGCCGAACUGCGAAAUAUGAGCUAUACGAAAGGACCAAGCGAAAGUUUCGAAUUCAAUGUGAAAGAAGGAGAGACAAUAUGGUUACAGUUACUAGGAAAUCGAAAGUUUGUUUCGCAGCAGAGCCCUGAAGUCAAUUUUAAGGUGUAUCUCAGCUCCAUCUACACGAUGGAUGUUCGGAUUUCCGAACCAAAAGGAAAAGAAAGUACAUCUAAAUUUCGAAAUGAUCUUCAGUAUAACGUUGGCCUUACAGAACAGAGGCCCCCUCGCCACGGAGUCUUUAAAUUACAGUUGUAAAUAUUGGAAACGUACUCUGGCUGAUAUAUCUUGUAAAAAAUGACAAUGGAAACAAUUUAAUGGAGUCGCAUUUUUACAUGUAUUUACAUUUUAGAUUGAAAUGCCACUACGUUCAUGAUACUAGUACGUCAUUUAGUCUUAGAGCACCUUAUGUUUUUUAUUGUUUUGGAAUUAGGUUCGUAAAUGUAUUUCUUUUUUACAUCUUUCUCUGACGAAGAACUUUUGAUUGACUGUUCAUUUAACAACUAAAUGUAUUCUGUAAAUUAAACGA